AUGGCUUCAUCGCCCAAGAAGCAAAAGACGGCAUCCAUUGCAAGUACCAGCUCGCUCUUGCGAUUCUAUCGUACACCAGCCUUCACUGCACACGCCAAUCGCACGUUGCUAGCGUAUCUACGCGCACAAGUGAGCGAAAAUGGCAGUCUCGAGGUCGAUGAGCUCAAGACCGAGUACUGCUACUACGUAGAGACCAAUGCAGACGCUAGUCAGUUGUCUUCUAGUGACCAAGAGAAACUUCAUUGGCUACUAAGCGAGACCUUUGAGCCACAGCAAACGCGUGCAGAUCAGCCUUUCCUGACUACCGAUCAGAAGAAUGAGUGGCUCGUUGAAAUUGGACCACGUAUGAACUUCUCCACUGCCUGGUCCAGUAAUGCUGUAGCCAUCUGUCAAGCGUGUGGUAUCUCGACCAUCAAGCGUAUUGAACGCGCUACACGUUAUUUGAUAAGCUUUAAAACUACAAAGCCAGAAGAUCUAGAGACGCUCAAGCACGCUUUGUUAAAUCAUGAGUGUGACCGAAUGACGCAACAGGUGUAUAAAGAACCAUUGACAUCAUUCUGGCACGGUAAGACGGUACAACCAGUCCGUAAGAUCCCGAUCAUGGAGCGUGGUAUUGAUGCAUUAAAGGAGAUCAAUGAUGAGAUUGGACUGGGAUUUGAUGACUGGGACCUACAAUACUACCUCAAUCUCUUCCGGAACAAAUUAAAGCGUAAUCCAACAGACGUCGAAUGUUUUGACAUGGGACAGAGCAACUCGGAACACUCGCGUCACUGGUUCUUUGGUGGUAAGAUCGUGGUUGACGGAAAGGAAAUGCCCCAUACUUUAUUUCAGAUGGUCAAAGACACAUUGACCGAAAGCGCUAAGAAAAACAGUGUGAUUGCUUUUCACGAUAAUUCGUCGGUAAUCCAGGGCGCGCGUAUUGUUACACUCGGACCCGUUACACCUGGUGAACCCUCACGUAUGCAAGAGCGUCACCUUGAAAGCCACUUGUUGCUGACUGCCGAGACUCAUAACUUUCCAUCCGGUGUGGCACCAUUCCCAGGCGCUGAAACGGGUACAGGUGGUCGAAUUCGUGAUGUCCAGGCUACUGGUCGUGGUGCUAAUGUCGUGGCUGGUAUCAGUGCGUACGCGGUAGGUAAUCUCAAUUUGGAGGGGUACACACUCCCGUGGGAGGACGCGUCGCUUGUGUACCCAAGCAACCUUGCCCACCCACGGGAAAUUCUCAUUCAGGCUUCGAAUGGAGCGUCAGAUUAUGGAAAUAAGUUUGGAGAGCCCGUUGUGUCGGGUUUUGCUCGCUCCUUUGGAAUGGUUUUGCCUAAUGGCGAGCGGCGAGAGUAUAUCAAGCCAAUCAUGUUCUCUGCAGGUCUUGGCCAGUUAGAUGCGAGUCACUGUACAAAAGGUGAGCCUGAAAUCAACAUGUGGGUUGUCAAGAUUGGAGGACCAUGCUAUCGAAUUGGAAUGGGUGGUGGUGCUGCUUCUAGUCGUAUUCAAGACGCCAAGACUGCUGAGCUUGACUUCAACGCUGUUCAACGUGGAGAUGCAGAGAUGGAGUGUAAACUGAACAAGGUGAUUCGAGCAUGUUGUGAUCUGGGCGAGAAGAAUCCAAUUGUGUCGAUUCAUGACCAAGGAGCGGGUGGGAAUGGAAAUGUGCUAAAGGAGAUUGUUGAAGUCUCGAAUGCAAAACCAGGUGAUGCAAACCGUGGAGGUGCUCGAUAUGAAGUGCGAAACAUUCUUGUCGGCGACGAAACCUUGUCUGUGCUGGAGAUUUGGGGAGCCGAGUACCAGGAGAAUGACGCUUUAUUGCUUCGUCCGGAACACGUCGAGCUGUUUGACAAGAUUUGUAAGCGUGAAAAUUGUCCGUACGCAUUAUUGGGUCAAGUGACGGGGGAUGGCCACGUUGUGUUGCAUGAUUCGCUCGACGAUUCAACACCGUUUGAUCUGGAUUUGGACCUAGUGCUCGGUAAAAUGCCUCAGAAAACUUUUACGGAUACAGCAGCCACGGAUUCUGUCGCGGAACUGUCAAUGCCUGUGGAUGUGACGCUGCGCGACGCGCUGGACCGCGUUUUGCGUCUUUUAUCGGUCGGUUCGAAGCGCUUCUUAACCAGCAAAGUGGACCGAUCAGUCAGUGGGCUCGUCGCUCAGCAACAGACGGUGGGCCCUCUUCAACUGCCACUAGCCGACUGUGCUGUUGUCGCUCAGUCGCACCUUCCAAACGAUAAUGGCAAGUUUAUUGGCGUUGUAAGCGCCUGUGGAGAACAGCCAAUGAAGGGUCUCGUGAAUCCCGGUGCUAUGGCGCGACUGAGUGUAGGUGAAUCGUUGACUAAUAUGGUGUGGGCUGCACUGGGCGGACGCGGACUGGAAGACUGCAAGUGCUCGGCAAACUGGAUGUGGGCCGCUAAGCUACCGAACGAAGCUGCUAGGAUGUAUGAGUGCUGCGAGGCUAUGACAACGUUUAUGAAGCAAAUUGGUGUCGCAGUGGAUGGCGGCAAGGAUUCGCUAUCGAUGGCUGCAAAGGUAGACAAGAAGGAUGUUAAGACCCCAGGUACAUUAGUGAUUACGAUGUACGCACCAACGGACGACGUCGAGCUUAAGGUGACGCCUGAUCUCAAGACACACGCUGGGGACAGCUUUGUGUACUAUGUGGAUAUCGGCAGAGGAGCUAACCGGUUGGGUGGCUCAGCACUGGCUCAAGUGUACGGACAGGUGGGCAAUAUAUCUCCGGAUAUUGAGGAUAUUGAAUUGUUUAAAAACGCAUUUAAUGCCAUUCAAAGUGGCAUCAAGAAUGGCCAUAUACUUGCUGGUCAUGACCGUAGCGACGGUGGACUCAUUGUGACGCUUCUUGAAAUGGCAUUUGCUGGCAACUGUGGUUUGGAUGUGGACAUUCCGUUCACUGGUGAAAAGGUUGCGAUCAAGAAUGUUCUGGAAGUGCUGUUUGCCGAGGAACUUGGUUUUGUCUUUCAAACUGCUGCUGGUGAGCACGCGAAGGAAAUUGAGUCAAUAUUUAGUAACUUAAGCGUACCGCUAUUCAAACUUGGUAAGGUGACAACGGAUGGAGUAAUUAGAAUCAGUGUGAAUAGCGAGAGCGUUCUUGAGGAUCAGAUGGUAGACUUACGUGACGUGUGGGAAGCGACCAGCUUUGAGCUUGAGAAGCGUCAGUGCAAUCCUGAGUGCGUUCGUCAAGAACAGCGUGCACUGCGUACACGCACUUCUCCGUCCUGGAAAUUAUCAUAUGAGCCUAAGUCGACCCCUGAGCGCCAGCUUAGCACGCGUGCCCAGCAUCGUGUCGCUAUCCUUCGCGAGGAAGGAAGCAACGGCGAGCGCGAGAUGUUAUCUGCAUUUUAUCACGCCGGUUUCGAGGUGUGGGACAUCACGAUGUCGGACCUGGUUCACAAGCGCGUAACGCUGGACGAACGCUUCCGUGGGGUUGCAUUUGUAGGAGGAUUUACGUUUGCAGACGUUCUCGGUUCGGCUAAAGGCUGGUCAGGUGUUGUCAAGUUCCACGGCGAUGUAUUGAAGCAGUUCGCAGCAUUCAAAGCUCGCGACAAUACGUUUAGUUUUGGUGCGUGCAACGGGUGCCAAUUUAUGACGUUACUUGGCUGGCUCGAUCAUCCAGAUGCGAAAGCACUGGAAGAAGAGACGAAAGUGUCAGCUCAACCACGAUUCGUGCACAAUGAAUCAGGUCGCCAUGAGUCACGUUUCGUAUCCGUACAGAUUCAGGAGACGAAUGCCGUGAUGCUGCGCGGCAUGGCUGGCACGUCUUGCGGUGUCUGGGUUUCGCACGGUGAAGGACGUGCGCACUUUACACAUCCAAAGAUUCAAGAAAAGUACGUUUCGAGUGGAGCUGCUGCGAUCCGAUACGUAGAUGACUCGAACAUGCCGACGGAGGAAUAUCCGUUUAAUCCGAAUGGGUCACCGCUUGGAAUUGCAGGUUUGGUCUCAAGCGAUGGACGUCACUUGUGCCUCAUGCCUCAUCCAGAACGCUGCUUUCUUAAGUACCAAUGGCCAUAUAUGCCGGCGGAGUUCGCAGUGUAUCCUGUGAGUCCAUGGAUGCAGAUUUUUCAGAACGCCAAGUCGUUCUGUGAAGCCAAGUAA